AUGGAUGAUGGGUUUAACGAACGCAUGGCGGCAAUACUGAAAGUCCUUAAAGCCAGAGAAAUUUUCAAAGUGGACAAUACCCCAUGCCGAAUAGAAGAGGGUCUUUAUUUAGGUUCCUUAGGAGCUGCUAAUAUGAAGAGCACUUUGAAAAGCUUAAAAGUCACGCAUAUUUUGAGCAUCACGAGCUCGCUUGCCCAGUCUCAUCCUAAUGAUUUUGUGUACAAAACUAUUCAAGUGCCUGAUAAAGCAGAUGCGAAUAUAACUCAAUAUUUUGACGAGUGCUUCAAAUUUAUUGACGAAGCUCGAGCAAGAGGAGGUGCUGUUUUGGUUCACUGUUUUGCUGGAAGAUCGAGAAGUGUGACGAUUGUCGUGGCUUAUCUGAUGUUUAAAAACGGGAAAAGCUUGUCUGAAGCUAUGGGGUACGUGAAGUCGAAAAGAGCAGUGGCAUCUCCAAAUUACGGAUUUAUGUUACAGUUACAAGAAUACGGAACCUCUCUUCAAGGAAAUAAGUGCCGAGCCGGUUAUGAAUCUCAUAAGAGUGAUGCCUCUGUAUAG